AUGAAUAUUAAAUUGUUUUCCUUAUUUUUCAUUUCAUUAAAUUUUUUAUACUCGAUAAAUGGAGAAGAUAUUGAUAGCAAAAGCAUCAAUUUACCAGAUAUGAGCUUUGGUAAUAUGGGUGAAAUUGACAUGAAUGACGGGGCAGAUAUAGAUAAAGUUAUUGGUGAGUCCAAUAUUGAUAGUAUGAGUCUUGGUGGAUAUAAUACUGAUCAUACCAGUAUUGGAGGAUCUAAUAUUGAUGGUAUGAGUGUUGGUGGGUCUAAUAUUGAUGGUAUGAGUGCUGGUGGGUCUAAUAUUGAUGGUGCUAGUAUUUUAGGAUCCAAUGCUGGUGAAACUAGUUUUGGCGGAUCUAAUAUUGAUGAUAAUAGUAUUGGUGGAUCCAAUUCUGGUGACACUAGUGUUGGUGGGUCCAAUUUGGGUUUAGAUAGUCAUAGAUCCGUUGAUUUUGAAGAUAGUGAUAAUGAAAAAAUGUUAGACUUUCAUAUUUUAGGUGAUGAAGAACAUGCAGAAGAUCCAAUAUUAAUGGCAAGAUCUUCAAGUAACCCUUCGUUGAAUGAAAAUCAUAAUGAGGACCCCAUUUCAAUUGAUUCUCGUUCUGUUAGCCAUGACCAGGGGGAUAAUCACAACGAUUCUAAUAUGGAUAGUACAUCUGUAAAUGCAGAUCGAGCUAACGACAAUGACAGAAUAGUAACAUACGGCUUUGGAGGUGGCCCAGUUGCUCCACCAGCAAGUACAUCAACAACUCCUCCUAUAACAGAUUCCACUGAUAAAACAGAUCCUGUUGAUGUAACUGAUCCCGUUGAUAAGACAGAUCCCAUUGAUAAAACGGAUCCCACUGAUAAUACAAGUUCGUCGACAACGUUAACAACCAUUUCUCCUGAUAUAACAACAAAAGGAUCUGUAGAUCCUGGAGUGAUAGCUGGAGCAGUAGUGGGAGGUAUUGCAGGUAUUGGGCUACUAGGAGGAUUGGGUUUUGGACUUAAUAAGAGGAGAAGAAGGAGUGGUGGUAUUGGAGAAGGUGUAAGUAAUUUUGAUUCUAAUAACUUAAGGGGAACGGCUGGGACGUAUAAAAGUAAUGUUUCUAGUGAAGGAUCUAACUCAGUUUCGGUUGUUGGAAACACAGAUUCAAGACAACAAAAACCUAGAGGUCCUGAGGUUAUUGCUUCAGGUUUUGGAAAUGUAGGUGAACAACCUUUACCAGCAUAUUCUGUAGGAGGAUCAGAAGAGUAUAAUAAUGAAUUCUCAUUCUUUGAAGAUUAA